CUUUAUCUCAUUAUUAUUGUUUUUCUCUUUUCAAACAGGAAGAACCAAAAAGCAAAUCAAAGGUGUGCGCCAAUGUGUUCUGCGGAGCUGGAAGAGAAUGUGCUGUAACCGAGAAGGGGGAGCCCACCUGCCUGUGCAUCGAGAAAUGUAAGUCCCACAAAAGGCCGGUGUGCGGUAGUAAUGGGAAGACCUACCUGAACCACUGUGAGCUGCACCGGGACGCCUGCCUGACCGGGUCCAAGAUACAGGUGGACUACGAUGGCCACUGCAAAGAGAAGACGGAUGACGCCCCCGCUGCCAGCCCAGUGGUGUGCUACCAGUCCGAUCGCGACGAGCUGCGCAGGCGCGUCAUCCAGUGGCUGGAAGCGGAGAUCAUCCCAGACGGCUGGUUCUCCAAGGGCAACAACUACAGCGAGAUCCUGGAGAAAUACUUCAAGAGCUACGACGAUGGCGACUCCCGGCUGGACUCCUCCGAGUUCCUGAAGUUCUUGGAGCAGAACCAGACGGCCAUUAAUAUCACCACCUACAUGGACCAGGAGACCAACAAGAUCCUCAAGGGUCUGUGUGUGGAGGCGCUGAUCGAACUCUCCGACGAGAACUCCGACUGGAAACUGAGCUUCAAUGAAUUCCUGAAGUGUCUGAACCCAACGUUCACCCCCCCAGAGAAGAAAUGUGCCCUAGAAGAUGAGACUUAUGAGGACGGAGCAGAGACACAAGUCCAGUGCAACCGCUGCGUCUGCGCCUGUGGGAACUGGGUGUGCACCGCCAUGUCCUGUGAAGGUAAAGAUGGGCAACCAGAGGGCGAUAUGAACCGAUAUGUGGACGAGUUGAGAAAACACCAGGAGACCGCUGAGAAGUCCAAGACACUGAGCAUUAAGGACAUCUGAGGUGGAGGAUACGGUUCUCCUGCAGUUCGCCCGACGCGCGCCCCUUCCAUUCCUUAGUCUAUGGGGCCGGGCAGGAGAAUCUCUUCUUAGCUUUUAUCAAUGGGACGAAUAUGAAUCUUACGUAGGGCAUAGGUGCAAACAAAUACAAGGGGGCGGGGCUUGUGGGCAUGACCCCUCCCCCUUGUCCAGUAAAUCUUCCCAUGAUCUCCUCUCCGGUGCAUAGAGCCGGCAAUAGGGCGCCCGGACCCCGGCAACAUGGCGGCUGCUCUGUUACUCGCUCGCUGCGUGCCUUAUUGCCUCCCCUAUCGUAAUACUGUAUCCGUAGGAGGCGUGUCCAGAGGCGGAGUCUACAGACAGCAGGUGUGCGGAGCGCCCCUCCCCUUUGGCGCAGUAUCUUAGUCUUUCGUCUAUGUCGCGUCUUUUCGCGCGGACGUUUUGCCAAAGACGGGAAUGUUUUUUAACCCAUUUUUUUUUUAUUU